AUGGUUGCCGACUCGCUGAAAGUCGGCGUGGAGCCUAAAGGUAAUCCCAAGGGAGGACCGCUCGCGACUUAUGAUAUUAUUGUGGGUAAUGCGCGCCCGCGACGUGGAAUUAAAGUCAUGGAUGAGUUUGAAAAGGUUGGGUCGGAGCGUGAGAGGAAGGACCCCGAGGUGGCAGGGGUUAUGGUGACUCCGGCACGGAUGAAGCGGGAAUCUUGGGAAAGGGCACCUGCAUUCUCUCGAUUCGCCCGCUCGCUGAACACCGGGGGCACGUAUUUUUGCUUUCGGAUAAUUUGCUGCUCCUUUGACUUCCUGGCCCGAGAAAAUCCCGCGGCCUCCUCGUUAUGCAGAGCAGCGAGCCGCCGCGUCGCUGGGUGUGGUCUCCUCUCUCCUUCUCUUCUCUCUGGAGUAGAUUCGCGGGUUUUGUUUGUUCCUGUGGCCCAGUUGCGCGACCCGCCGCCGUCGGAGGCGGCACUUGAUUACGUCCCUGCAGCAUCCGACGGACGCUUGUUUUCAGAGAUGAGCUUUGAAUCCCUGCUGCUGCUGCUGACCCCUUCGUGAAAGAUUUUACCGGAUGCGAAUAAUUGUCGGGAGUACUAUUCGCCCGGCACCGGAAACUGGUGCGACAGGGUCGUGUUAAUUGAACUUUACGCCUUACCGAGUUGUUUAGCCGACGGGCGACGGGAAUCCCUCAUCAGCUCCCUUGCAAGGGAACAGGAUAGUGGUGAUUCAAACGCCUUGAAUGCUCCCACGAAGGAAAUCAAAACUCUCGUUAGAACUCAUCUCGACGGGUUGUCCGCGCACACUGCAACGAAAUUGGCCAUGAAUGAAUUAGGAAACCUGACGGCGGCGUUACAAUCCCCCGUGCGUCCCGCAGGUAAAGCCUGGCAUUCGCUGAGAAUUUCCGGUCGGGGGCAGGUGGCGAAUGCCCGUAAGCUUCUUCCCCACUGUGCUGGCGUUGAAAAGGGGGAAUUCGGGUACCCAUUCGUCGACUUGAGGCCGACACUGUGGGCACGUUUUUUCUCGUCGAUCGCCGUGAUCGCCCUGGCGCUCAUUUAUGCGCGGCCAUGGAGGAAAGGUGAAGAAGAAUCACCAGUUCCGGCGAGCAAGCGUUAUGGGUCUUGCAUGACGGGGAUCGGCGAAGUUCACGGGUCUGGUGGAAACCCGGCUGUGAACGGGGAUGGAUUCAACAUGUCCCAGCACAGCGGGUUCGACGGGGCGCCAGAGGCCGAGUACUCCAACACUGCGUACCUCAACGGAGGACCUGGGUCCAACGGGCCCGGGUCAGCCGAGGGCUACUACGGCAGUCCCCAGGCCCCAUCGGGCCAACACGCCCCGUCGCAUCACCAUCCGCACUUCAUAUCCGCGCCCCCUGCUACACAUGCACACUACCUCAAGGGACAAGGACACGUUCACCCGUCCAUCAUGCCUCGUGAAGGCAGAUUUAGUUUACCUGAUGGUUACCACACCGAUGGAAGUCUGAACGGGUUCCAACCGGACCCGUGGGGCGGAAACCCAGCCUAUCUGCACGGGCGCGAAGUGCCGAACGGACCCGGUGGACACCACAUGGAUGUGCUCGGGCAUCCCCCGGAUUCGACGCAGUCGAUCGGCGGAGACGUGAAACCCACUCUUACACCUGUCAUGCUGAGCGGGUACAACGGAAAUGGCAUGAACGGACCGUGUUUCACGGGCUCUGGCCCGAUCCAGCUCUGGCAGUUUCUGCUCGAGCUACUGACCGACAAAAGUUGCCAAAGCUUCAUUUCGUGGACCGGUGAUGGCUGGGAGUUCAAGCUGACCGACCCAGACGAAGUCGCGCGACGAUGGGGCUUGCGCAAGAACAAGCCCAAGAUGAAUUACGAGAAGCUCUCUCGGGGUUUGCGUUAUUACUACGACAAACACAUCAUCCACAAGACAGCCGGCAAACGCUACGUUUACAGAUUUGUCUGUGAAUUGCAGAAUCUCCUAGGGUACUCUGCCGAGGAGAUCCAUGCAAUGGUUGAUCUGAAACCGGACAAGAAAGACGACGAAUGAACUGAUUUGGACGGGAAACAAGGGGGAGUGAGCGUUUUGGUUGCGAAGGGAGCUUUUCGAUACGGAAGAAGUUGAUUCUUCAUUUUUAAAAUCUGGUACAUGUAACCGACCGAAUCGACGAUCAAGUUUUCCUUGAUCGACAAAGGAAGGUUCGAUUUCGCUCGAGUGUUCUUGGUUUUUUGAUUUUUUUCAUUUUGCAUUAAUAUGCACGGUUUUUAUCAGCUGAAAGAAAUGUUUUCAGUGUGCGGAUCUAUAACGUAAUUAAUGCGCGGUCUUUUGAGGAAUUAUAUUUUGCGAGGAGUAUUGAUAUCGAUAGAGUUGCGAGUUGAAUUUCAUCGGAUUUUUCGCACGCACGAUUAUGGGUUCGAUUGUUGGGAGAAAUUCGUCCAUUUUUUUUUGUUUGUUUCCAACCCUCGGCGGCCUUGCAAGUGUGAAAUCUGAGCUUGUGCGAAGUUCACGGUGAGCUUCCUUGAUUUUCGAUUGUUUCUCGUUGGGGACCAACUAAUCGCGCUUCUGUCCCUGUGACGGGCAAAUUCCGAUUGCUUUAUUACGGGAAAUAUUUUUGUUUUGUCGUGAAUUGCGUCCGACGCGCCGUCGGAGUUUAAUGAAUCGAGUUGACUUCCGAGAACAGAAUAUUUGCAGGGAAAGUUGAGCAUGUUUAUUGAUGGUUGCUUAUGAUGACGAGAAGGAUUUUUGUGGGGCUCGAGUGAAGAACAAUCGUUGAAGCUUGUCCGAAAAUAUGGUUCACUCGACAGCGGUUUGUGAUAGAUAAAUGCGUUGAAAGACGAAGUCGAAUUGUAAGUGGGAUCCUGAGUUUCUUGACUACCCAGUUGAGUUCGAUUCUGCAAACCGCUCGCGACGAUUGCUUUUCUCUUUUUUUUCGGCCCUCAGGAUUGAUGUUGUGUUUUACUGGGACUGCGGUUUUUCGAUUGGAGUAACGAGGUUGAAAUAUCGCAUUGUGCUUGGAGAUGGGGAGGGUGUUGGUGUGUUGGGGCAGAGGUGCACGCGUUUUGAUGACGCCUUUCUUUCCUGCUGUGCACAGGUCUGUCGCGCAAAAUUUCCCCUGCGAGUGAAAUCUUUUUCGAUCGUUUUCGGUUUGCUGCCUGUUCUGGUUUCUGAGUCAGGCUUCGAAUCCUGCGGCGUUCGCUUGUUUCUUGCGAAUGUACCUUGGUUUUGUAAAGGUCUUCUUGUGAUUUUUGUACAGCGGCAAGGAUUCAAUUAAAAGUUCGCACUCAAGUUGA